AAAAAACCUCAUCUCGUCUUCUGAGUCGUGUUGUGCCAUGCGGGGUGGGAGAUUCUAUAUAUUUAUAUAUACAAUAUACACGAAGAACGUAUAACCUUUUAAUAAGAAAUUUAUGUAUGUAAAUAAUUUUAAUUCAAAUGUAAAUAUACGAUGGCUGAUACAGAAGUACUUAGCAAUGUUAUAUCUGUAAUUGAUAAUAAUACUAAAAAACCGGAACAAUUUUUAAGUAUACAAAACAAAGCAGCGUUAGAUUUUAAAAAUUCAAUAAAAUGCUUGUACGACUUCACAAAAGAACAGUCAGGCAGAAAUACAAAUGCUCUGCCAGAGCUCGUAACAGAAGGUUUUGACGAAGAACAGAUCUGGCAGCAGUUGGAGUUGCAAAAUGAAGGUGAACUGGUACACUUCAUAACUGGUGUUUCGAGAGUUUUAACUGAAAAUAAAAAGUUAACAAUACCAAUUAGUGCAACAAAACCAGAAAUGGUACAAAGUACUGAAGAAAUAGUGUCAGAUGAUAAAGAUAAUGUAGAAGAAGAAAAUGUCUCUGAAGAAGAUGAUUCAGAAGAUGAAAUAGCACCAAAAAGUCCUUUGAAGAAACAGAAAAAGAAAUCAUCUAUAGUGGAUGACAAAUUCUUUAAAUUACAGGAACUGGAUGAGUAUUUGACCAAAGAAGAGAAGAAAGAGAAACAAAUUGUAAAAGAUGAACAGGGAUCUGAUGAGGAAUCUGUGGAUUUGUUUAAUAAUUAUUCUGAUAACGAUGAAGGUGACAGUGGAGAAAAGAAACUAUUGAAAUAUGCAGACUUCUUUGACAGUCCACAAAGUGAAGAUGAGGAUGCUAAUAAUUCCAUGCGGCAUAAGGAUAUUAAUAAUAAAGACAUAGAUAACAAUUCAUUACAUGAUGAUUCAGACAACGCAAUGGACACAGAUGACGAACAGAAUGAGCGAAAGUCUUCCCAGAAAAAAGUUACUUUCAAUCUCACGAAUGAUUCAGAUGAUACAGACAGUUUAGAAAAUAGAAUGGUUAGUAGGAAAGAAGAAACAGAAGUUAAAUCUGCCCUAGAAACUCGUCAGGAACGAUUAAACAAGAGAAUUCAAGAGCUAGAAGAAGCAGCACUUGCAGAGAAACCAUGGCAGCUUAAGGGUGAAGUAGGUGCUGCUAACAGGCCACAGAAUUCAUUACUGGAAGAGUUUGUUGAAUUUGAUAUCACAACAAGACCUCCUCCAGUUAUAACUGAACAAACUACAGUAAAGUUGGAAGAUAUAAUUAAACAAAGAAUAAAAGAUAAAGCUUGGGAUGACGUUGAAAAGAAGUUUAAACCAGUGGAAACUCCAAUGGAGUACAAAAAAAAGUUGAUUCUGGAUCAAGAAAAAAGUAAAGAAAGUUUGUCUCAAAUUUAUGAGAAUGAAUAUCUUAAACAGAAACAAGCACUAAAUCCAGAUAGUGAGGAAAAGGAGGAAGAGGAACCAAAGUUGCACAUAGAAAUUCGAGAAAUGAUGCAUUCUGUGUUCUUAAAAUUAGAUGCCUUGUCCAACUUCCAUUACACUCCAAAACCAGCUAAACCAGAAAUUAAGGUUGUCACUAACAUUCCUGCAAUUAAUAUGGAGGAAGUAGCACCAUUAGCAACCAGUGAUGCUGCUUUAUUGGCCCCAGAAGAAAUCAAAGAAAAACAACGAGGCGAUCUUAUUGGUAAAGGAGAAAGAACGAAGACGGACAUGAAACGAGAACGAAGGCACAAAAAGAUGAGACAGCGUGCUCGACAAGAAGCCAUGGAAAAGAAGGAGAAACAGAACGCGUUGAAACCGGGAAUAGAAAAGAAAUACAAGAAAGGCAAAACCUUGAAAGAAUUGGCUAAGAAGCUGAGCAAUAGUCGAAACGUUAUAAAAAUGGACGAAACGGGACAAAAGGUUCCGAAGUCGUCAACUGCGUUCUUCAAUCAGUUGCAGGACCAGGUGAAAGGUCACAUUAAAUCGAAGAUUAGCGCAAAUUCGAAGAAGAAACGGAAAGAUGCUGUGUCUGCAAUAAAAUUGAAGUUAUAAUUUUUGUAUAGAAUUUUUUACAUACAAAAGAUCGCGAUUAUACACAUUCAUGUCAAACUGUAUAUACCUUGAACCGAAUUCCAUGAUAUAUUAAGUUUCGUGAAACAAUAAAGGGUUGAAUAAUUAUUCCAGUUUUCCAACACGAACGUGGACUUUAUAUUACCAAUUGUUCCGUGAUCCAUACAACUUUUAUAUUCAUGUAAUAUAAUAAGCGCACUGGCGGAAUCUAUAAAUAGUUUUAUUUUAU